AUGAACCAUCCCGUGAGUUUAUGCGGACACUGCGGAAAGAUCUCGCACCAGCGGUGCAGUCGCUGCAAGGCAUUUUUCGUCUGCAGCCGCGAGUGCAUGAACGCUGCGUGGCCCCGACACAGGCCGGAAUGCGACAAUGUGGUGGUAGCAACGCAGUACUUCGAGGAAAUCGGAGCUCCGGAAGGUCCCGGCAUUCCGUGUAUGAUCACAGCUGAAGACAUAUUUCGUCUGAGCGCUCGCAGCGUCGCCGUCUACCACAAGUACGGCGUGGACGACCUACCGGACGCCAACUCGACCAUGGAGGUUAACACGAAGUACGCGCUCUUCUUGGCCGUUUUGCGCGAGAACGACACGUGCACAGCCGUCAACAGAAGCCGCCCGCUGCCCGAGAAGCUGAUGCUGAACAAGUACUACAACGGCAUGUACACCCAGGCCAAGGAGAUCUUCUCACCAAGCCGAUUCGCGCAGCUCGAGGCCCAGAUAAAGGAAGACCACGCCGGCUACGCAACCCGCUCAAGUUAA